GUCUCUUGCUUUUGCGGCACGUGACGGUCGGGCCUCCUCCGCCGCUGUCUCCACUGCAGCGCGGGCCCAGGUGAGCGGGCGGGUAGAGGCGCGGGCGCCGCCGGUGGUCUUCUGGAAGCUCGAGACCAUGGAAGGGAAGUGGCUAUUGUGCAUGUUAUUGGUACUUGGAACUGCUGCCAUUCAAGCUCAUGAUGGCCACGAUGACGAUGUGAUUGAUAUUGAUGAUGACCUGGAUGAUGUCAUUGAAGAGGUAGAAGACUCAAAAUCAAAACCAGAUAACAGUAUUCCUCCAUCUCCAAAGGUUGUCUACAAAGCUCCAGUUCCAACAGGGGAAGUGUAUUUUGCCGAUUCCUUUGACAGAGGAAGUCUGUCAGGGUGGAUUUUAUCCAAAGCCAAGAAAGAUGACACUGAUGAUGAAAUUGCCAAAUAUGAUGGAAAGUGGGAGAUAGAUGAGAUGAAGGAGACAAAGCUUCCAGGAGAUAAAGGACUUGUAUUGAUGUCUCGGGCCAAGCAUCAUGCCAUCUCUGCUAAACUGAACAAGCCUUUCCUGUUUGAUAACAAACCUCUCAUAGUUCAGUAUGAGGUUAAUUUCCAAAACGGAAUAGAAUGUGGUGGUGCCUAUGUGAAACUGCUUUCAAAAACUCCCGAACUCAACCUGGAUCAGUUCCAUGACAAGACACCUUAUACGAUUAUGUUUGGCCCAGAUAAAUGUGGAGAGGACUAUAAAUUGCACUUCAUUUUCCGACACAAAAACCCAAAGACGGGUGUAUAUGAAGAAAAACAUGCUAACAGGCCAGAUGUAGAUCUGAAGUCCUACUUUACGGAUAAAAAAACACAUCUGUUUACAUUAAUCUUGAAUCCAGAUAAUACUUUUGAGAUAUUAGUUGACCAGUCUGUUGUGAACAGUGGAAGUCUGCUGAAUGAUGUGACUCCUCCUGUAAAUCCUUCACGAGAAAUUGAAGACCCAGAAGACCGGAAGCCAGAGGACUGGGAUGAAAGACCCAAAAUACCAGACCCAGAUGCUGUCAAGCCAGAUGAAUGGGAUGAAGAUGCCCCUGCUAAGAUUCCAGAUGAGGGGGCCACAAAACCUGAAGGCUGGUUAGAUAAUGAGCCAGAGUAUAUACCUGAUCCAGAUGCAGAGAAACCAGACGAUUGGGAUGAAGAUAUGGAUGGAGAAUGGGAGGCUCCUCAGAUUGCCAACCCUAAAUGUGAGUCGGCCUCUGGGUGUGGUACCUGGCAGCGGCCUAUGAUUGACAACCCCAAUUACAAGGGUAAAUGGAAGCCUCCCAUGAUUGACAACCCUAACUACCAGGGAAUCUGGAAACCCAGAAAAAUACCAAAUCCUGAUUUCUUUGAAGAUCUGGAACCUUUCAAAAUGACUCCUUUUAGUGCUGUUGGUUUGGAGCUGUGGUCCAUGACCUCUGACAUUUUUUUUGACAACUUUAUCAUUUCUGGUGAUCGAAGAGUGGUUGAUGAUUGGGCCAAUGACGGAUGGGGCCUGAAGAAGGCUGCUGAUGGGGCUGCUGAGCCAGGAGUCAUGAGACAGAUGAUUGAGGCAGCUGAGGAGCGCCCGUGGCUUUGGGUGGUCUACAUUCUGACUGUAGCCCUACCCGUGUUUCUCGUUAUCCUUUUCUGUUGCUCUGGAAAGAAACAGUCUGGUGCUGUGGAGUACAAGAAGACUGAUGCUCCUCAACCAGAUGUGAAGGAGGAAGAAGAGAAGGAAGAAGAAAAGGAUAAGGGAGAUGGAGAUGAGGAAGAGGAAGGUGAUGAAAAACUUGAAAAACAAAAAAGUGAUGCUGAAGAAGAUGGUGGCACUGCCAGUCAAGAGGAGGAAGAUAGAAAAACUAAAGCAGAGGAGGAUGAAAUUUUGAACAGAUCACCAAGAAACAGAAAGCCUCGAAGAGAGUAAAACAAUCUAAAGAACUCGGUCUGUGAUUUCCUCCCCCUUCCCAUCCCCUGCAAAUGUGGUCCUAGGAGAGGACCCAGCACACCUUAGGUUGAAACUCAGAAAACCUCAAGACGUCACCAUCAACAGGUUCCCGUUGAACACUAGCCUAUGUAACUUUGAACAUCUAUCAGUAAAUAAUUGCAGUUGUGGCAUAAGGGACUCUGUAUCUGUAGACAGCAAGCAUUUAACGUAAUGGUUGUGAAGUGUAACCUGAAACAACUAACUUGUAAUUUUUGUUUCUAAACACUUUUCUUAUUUUAAAAUGAGUGAUAGAACUUUGCCAAUCUUUAAAAUCUUGGCUUAAUUUAAUAUAUUAAUCUGUCCAUGCAAAAAUAACAUCAACAUUUAGAAAUACUAGGACAGUGAAUUACUGUUUUUGUAACAGAUUUUUUUUUAAGUUUGGUAUUACAAAACAUUCAAGUGUCUCUGUCUUAAAAAUUAUGAAUCAUGUUUAAAAUGCAGUCUUUUGUGGUUAUAAUCUUGUUUGGCUUGCUUCCAUUACUCAGUUCCUUUCAGGAAACUGAGAAGGGUUAGAUGGAAGCCCAAAUUUCGUAAGUUAUACUAAGAGAUAAAUUGUUUUUUCAUUUGAUGUUAGUUAACAUAAAGUUAUGUGUGUUCUGUUGUCCUUGGAACUGCUCAGUUCCACAGCAGCUUUGCAGCUUGUGGAGGAGGUGACUCAAUGUGGCACUGAGGCAUUCAUUCUUCACACCAGGGGGUCUGGCAUGGCCUUGGCCUUCUCCCACCCGUGGUUUGUAAAGGAACGCUGGCAGGGCUUGAGAGCUCUGGAAUAGAUGCAAAUAUUGUAAUCUCCUUUUUCACCGUGUUGACACUGUUUCCUUACCUAGUCCCUUAAACUCCAGCUUUCUCCUCUGCUAUGCAUUUUCUUCACAGCACAGCUUGUCGUCCGUUGCUGAAAUAAUUAUAAGCUCUGCAUAGUGUUAAGCUUUAUUGUGAUGUAUGUUUCUUUUUCCUUUUUAAGCAGGCCCACACCUUUCCAGGGUCAAAGUACAGGAUAGACUACAAUCUUAAUUUUUUCCCCCAUUUACUCGUUGUGAAAGACUUUACAAAGUCUAAUCCCGAGGCAAGCCAAUUCAGAAUUGACUGUAAUUAAACGAAGGCUAAAAGUAUUCAUGGGAGGAGUGACAUAAUAGCAUGAAUUACCUGAUUUUUGUAGCUGCUAAAUCUUUCACGUCUUUGUUUGCAGUUAUGUAACAGUUGUGUCUUAAAUUACACAAUAAAGCAAUCUUGUUUAAUUUUUUUUUUUAAGUAUGUGGCUUGUAAAAAUUUUUUCUAAGUGGUCUUAGAGUUAUUGUUUCAUGUGGAAUGCAGAUGGGUGCUAUCAGAGCCUCUCCCUCAUUAAUAUAGUGUAAUAUUAUUACACCACACUGAAAUGUAUUCAUCCAUUUUUUCCUCAGAGGCGCUUCAAUUGUACCAAUGAUACUGUACCUUGCACUGAAUAAACACUCCAGUGUUUAUAUUGGGGAGAUUACUAAGGAAUAAGGACAUUCGUUAAAAAAAUGAAGGCUGUAGCUGUUUAUUUUGUUUAUCUUUAACAUUUUUACUGGUUCACAGAUUUCUUUCAAGGGUGGGGUGCAUUUUUCUUGCUGGUCAUUGCUUUAUUGUUUUCAUCUGUUGUUUAUGGUCACAGUGACCUUAGCUAUGUAUCAGACUUCCCCAGAUGUAUUGAGUACAAAUAAACAGUUACUUAGCAAGACCUUAACAUUUGUCUGCAGGUUUCUCCUUGAAGAAAUGUGUAGGAUCACUAUAUUUCCCAGAAUCUGCAGCCUGCACUCUUCCAGUGAAGUCAUACCUCAGUUUCUUCCCGCCAAGCACUGGUGUGUUCAUUCCCCCUCUCUCCUAUCCCACGUGCCCCCAAAUAACACAAUGCUUUGUCUUCUCAUUUUCACUGUUUGCGUCAAGGUGCAGCCUUCCGAUUAAAUGUCUUGAUACAUUGAUGAAUGACCAGCAGCAAUUUCCAGCUAAAAAGGCACUUAGGAUUUUUACAUGCUGGUCAUAUGUCCCAUUGUUGUAAAAAAAAUGCCCACUCCCCAGCAGGAUAUGCUCCUCAACUUAUCCACAGAGAAUUUCAUUUUGUCACAUUACUAAAUGGUAUUACAUUAAAGCCCUUUGUUAAGUGUCUA